AUGGGUGCUUCUGGAAACCCUAAUACCUCUUCUGCUUUGCAAAAACGAAUCUUUCCUAGAAGAUUAAAGCCCCUGAAUGCUACUGUCUCAACCCAGGAGUUCAAUUCCUUCCACGCCAUUGACCGCAGGCUCUUCACCCGUUUGGUGUUGGGUCUGGGCCGUGACCCGACCGAGUCGGCCCAAGUCAUGGCUCUGUGGAUGUGGCUGGAGCGCUAUGGCGGCGAGGUUAACUUGGUGUACAAGGCACUGAUGACUCUACCUGACUCCCUUCUUGAUUCUAUGGCUAACGAGUCGAUUUCGGCAUUGAAUUGCAUUCGGAGCAAUGUGGUUCCUUUCUCUGAUUUGGACAUUGUCCCUGGGAUUCCAAUGCUGCAAGCCAUGAGCAGCAGUGGUGUCACACUUGGGUACUUUUAUGAAAAUCGGGGAGAAAUUGCGAGUGGAGUUAUCACAUUGCUUAAAGAUGUUUGCUUGAGAGUGUUUGAGGACUUGUUGUUUGAGAAAAUUGCUCAGGGCAAUGUGAAAGGGGGUGAUGAUGUGCCAUUGUAUUGGCAUCGGCAAUUGAAUAGUGCUAAUCUUUACUAUUUGCGUGGAGGUUUUGUUUCUGAUCAAGAGCUUGCAGUUCAGCGCAAGGAUUUGAAUAACGAAAUGGAGGAGGUUUUGAGGUGUUUGAAUGUGAAUGAUCUUGAAGUAGUUAAGGUUCACCCUCAGGACAGGACUAUUUUCCUGACAUUUUCUAAAGGGCAUCCACUUUCAGAAAAUGAUCUCAGAGACUUCUUCACUAGGAAUUUUGGGGAGAUUAUUGAUGAGAUUCUUAUAGCUAAGGAACCUUUGUAUGGGCGGCUUGUGCUACAUUCUGCUUCCUCCAUUCCUGUGGUUCUUGGUGUGAAAGGCAAGGUCCAAUUCUCCAUUAAUGGCAGGCAUGUUCGGGCAAGGAAAUUUGUCCCCAAGGAUGCUCGUGCUGGGCAAAGGAGAGACUGAGAAGGAGAAACCCCCUUAAAUUAUUAAAGGAAUUAAUGGAUAUGGAUGCUGUACUGCAGACGCUCCCUGGUUCUGUUAGCCAAGAUCUUACUGAUGAUUGGACUGUUAUUAUACCUCUGUGCACCUCACUAUUCAUACACAGUUGCCUCACUGUCAACUUGAAUGAAUGUUGCCUCUAGCAUGCUCCUUGUUAUGCUGGAGGAGUAGAUCAAUUUCUUGGAUUAUGAAA